AUGUUACCACCGAUGUUCGAAUGGGAUGAUGGGGACACAUGUCUUCGAAACGAGGGGAGAUUUUGCAAGGUUGAGGCUGUGCUGAAUAUGCCUAAUAACAAUUUGACCUUACUGAACAAGCUUCAAGAUAUUUUGCUAGACAAGACAAAGAUGGAUCGGAGUGUUUUACGCAGAGCGAUAUGUGUGCCGAAAGAUGUACAAGAUACGAAGAGUUAUCUAACUGCCAGGAUAAACGAAAAUUUGGAAAGUUUUAAUCUAACGGCUGAAAUUGACUACCAAUAUUGCACGGGCGAGAAUUUACCCAAUUUCUUUGAUUACGCCAUAUUAUAUGUACAGCUAUUUUAUAUAAUUUUCGUACUAUUCGCAACAGUGUACAGCAUCAAUAGAAAAUCUGAAAUUUCAAACUUCGGAAAAUUCGUAUGCUGCUUUUCUCUCUUAAGGAGUUGGAGAAAGCGAACGGUUAUUUCGAAAUCCGAGGAUCAUGUUAGAUUACUGAGCAUGCAGGGAAUUAGAACUCUCGUAAUGUUGUCUAUCAUUUCUACUCACAUCUGUCUUUUGUAUGGUAUGUCGUAUAUUCACAAUCCUGAGGAAUUCGAGACGCUAAUUACAAAUAUACGGUAUUUUUUAAGUGUAGCAUAUUUCUUGGUUUUGCCAUUUUUUCUUAUGUCGUCGUGGCUUUUAUCACUGCAAAUUUACAAAAUUCAGGAGAAAUGUGGCGAAUUUACAUUCAAACACGCUGGAAUAAUAAUCAUCAAUAGGUAUUUUAGGUUUUCAACGGCUUAUAUAAUAAUUGCCAUAAGCUCUGCGGUUUGGACCAGAUCUUUUUACAGGAAUUCAUUGCAAUUUGAUAUAUCCAUAGUAACACAAGAAAUGUGUAGGGAGGGUUGGUUGUAUAGUUUACUUCAUUUGAGCAAUUUUUCAUACUUAAUGGAUAUAUGCCAACCGGUUACUUGGUAUUUAUCAGUAGAUUUCCAACUAUAUGUACUUUACGUUUUUGUAAUGUAUAUCGUUUUCAAAUACAAAUUGCCAGAAUUCACGUCAUAUGGGGUAUUUUUAGGAGUAUGUUGGAUUUUGCACGCCAUUGUUUUGUAUUAUUAUGACGUUAAUUUGACAAUGGUGACGAAUUGUAGGAGUCUAGAUAUACGGCAUUUUCGACAUUCUUCCGUAUUUUUAAUAGCCUAUAGUUCAACAGUAUCAAAUAUGUCGGCUAGUUUUCUCGGCGUAAUAUUCGGUGCAAUAUACUUUAAAUAUAAAAAUAUCAGAAUCGUAAGAAUAACUCAGAUUUCAUUGUAUCUUUGGGUCAUAUUAUUUUUUGGAUUGCCGUUGUCAGCUGUUUUUAUAAACCUAAUAGAAUACAACAGACUUGAAUCUUCUUUUAUAGGAUCAUUGAUAAGACCUAUGUUUAACUUAGGAAUGGGAAUUGGAAUUUUAGGAAUGUCUUAUAAAUUAGGAGGUAAUAUUAGGAAAUUUCUUGAAAAUAAGUAUGCUGCCUUUUUAAGUAACAUUUCAUUUUGUACCUACAUUACCCACAUAGCAAUAGUAUUCAUUAUGAAUUUUAAGACUACAAAUUUCAAUUACAUACAUUAUAUUUUAGACACGAUUUUCUUAAUUCCGCCUUGCCUGCUCUUUGGAUUAGUGAUGACACUGCUCGUGGAAGAACCAUUGUUAACUCUUCAGAAAAAGUUUCUUCCCCAAAUAGAUAUCAGGAGUAAAAACAAAUUAGAAGAAAGCAAUAAGAAAGGAAAUUAA